CAAUACAGCUGCCCUCUUGGCUCGGGCAGGCCUCCCCACAAGGCUGUGAAGACGCCAACAUUGAGAAUGAAAAAGCUGAACUGGCAGAAGCUGCCCUCCAACGUGGUGAGAGAAAGUCACUCAAUGUGGGCUUCAGUGAGCAGCAGCAGCGACGAAACUAUAGAGCCCAAUUAUACAAGCAUAGAGCAGCUCUUUUGCUUUCCACAACCAACCCCCAAGGAGAAAAUGGCCACACCAGUGAAGGCAGAACCAAAGGAGAUCACAUUUUUGGACUCCAAGAAAAGUCUCAAUCUGAACAUAUUUUUGAAGCAAUUUAAAUGCUCCAACAAAGAGGUGGCUGCCAUGGUCCAGAAUGGGGACCGGACCAAGUUCGAUGUUGAGGUUCUGAAGCAGUUGCUGAAGCUGCUGCCUGAAAACCAUGAGAUAGAAAACCUGAAGACCUUCAAAGAAGAGAAAUCAAAGCUAGCAAAUGCAGAUCAGUUUUAUCUUCUCCUCCUUCAGAUUCCCAGCUACCAGCUGCGCAUUGAAUGUAUGCUGAUCUGUGAAGAGACCACUGUUGUGCUGGACAUGAUUCAGCCGAAAGCUGAAGCCAUCCGGAGAGCCUGCGAAGAUCUUCUGAACAGUCAUCGCCUGCCGCUGUUUUGUCAACUGAUUCUCAAAGUUGGAAACUUUCUGAACUACGGAAGUCACACGGGCGAUGCUGAUGGAUUUAAAAUCAGCACUUUACUCAAACUAACAGAAACCAAAGCAAACCAAACCCGCAUUACGCUGCUCCACCAUAUUCUGGAGGAAGUAGAAAACAGCCACGUGGACCUACUGGAAUUGCCAAAGGAUCUUGAAUAUGUUUCAAAAGCAGCAGGAAUUAAUCUUGAUAUUAUACGCACGGAGUCCAGUACCAAUUUAAAGAAGUUGCUGGAGCUUCAGCGGAAAGUCUUAUCAUCAAACGACGAUGUCAAACAACAGUAUGAGAAACCUAUCCAGGAUAGCAUUGAUGCCUCCAGAAAACUGGAAGAAGAAUUUGAAACCAUUGAAAGGAAGAGAGAAGAACUUGCAAAUUAUCUCUGUGAAGACCCAAGCAAGUUGUCCUUAGAGGACAUAUUUAGCACCAUGAAGACCUUCAGAGAUCUCUUCAUCCGAGCCCUGAAGGAAAACAAGGACAGAAAGGAGCAAGCUGCCAAAGCAGAGAAGAGGAAGAAACAGCUGGAAGAGGAAGAGGGGAAGAGACAGAAGGGAGAAAAUGGAAAAGUCAUUAAGAAGGGGGUGGUGAAGCAGGAGGAGGUGUGCGUCAUCGAUGCACUGCUAGCCGACAUAAGGAAAGGGUUCACGCUGAGAAAGACGAAGAACAGACGUGAGUCGGAUGCAAUUCCUAAAACCUUGCCUGCGGAGAGCCCAGAGGAGAGCCAGUCUGGACAGAGCAUUAAGGAUCCACAAGCAGCAGGAAAGCAGACUGAUGAUAAGAUCAAGCAAAACAAUGAUGGUCAUCCUUCAGAAAGCACUCCCCCCUCAACUACUGCCCUGAUGGAGAUGGGUAGAGAUGUUACAAAUGCCUCAGCUUCAAACCAGGAGUUAUCUAAAAACAAUGCUGGAGGAAAUUUGCCACCAGAGUCACGGACGGAGAGCCCCUCAGUAAACGUGGUGGAAGCUGAUGGGGCCGGUCAGCCCAUGCCGGGCACUGGGAUGGAGCAGGCAGACAGCUGGGCAAGCCUCCAGCCAAGCACAAAGAGUGGCUCCAUUGCCUUCUCUGCUGCUAACAUAGGCACGGGGAUAAGGUUUGCGAGCAGCUGUUCAGGCGUUGCCCUGAGAGACCAACUCAGCUGGACCAACGGGUCUAUCUCUGAAGGCCAGGAUGAGGAACGCCCAGCUGGUGGCUCGGAGAGCUCCAGGCUGGCACAGGAGCCAGAAACCCGGCUGAGCGAGACUGGAGUCGACCCUGGCAGCACUCAGUCUGCUCCCUGCGAUGAGGCUCAUCGGGCAGAGUCAAAAGAGAUGGCGAAGGAAAAUGAAGACCCUGGUACAGACUCGCUGUUGGACACCUCUCAAGAGAAGUCCUUUUCGGAGGAGCCAGCCACUGACUCCUCUUGUUCGGCAACGCUCCCCCCAGGGCAAACUCACACCGACAGGGAAAAGCAGAGGCCAUCUGGGAAACGGAGGAAGAAGAAGAGGCACAGCAAAAGCUACUCAGCAGAGGUUGAGACUGAUACUGGAGAUAAUAAAACAAAAAAAGGUUGUGUGGUACAAUGA